UAUACACCUCAGUUUUGAUAAAAUCAUAGUCAUUCAACUUCCUAGUGCCUUACAGGUAGAGGUAGACGCAAUUCAAACAUGAAGAUUUUCUUGUUCAUCUCCUGCGCCUUGGCAGUAGCCUCCGCAUCUGUUCUGGGACCAGACGGCCACCCUGUGGAAACCCCUGAGGUUCAGCACGCUAGAGCUGCUCACUACGCUGCUCACGCUAAGGCCUUGGGGCACCUCGGCUAUGGAAUCCCAGUUGCUCACUACGGAGUAGUACCCGGAGUAGUGUCUCUUGAUGGACGCCCAUUGGACACCCCUGAAGUCGCUGCUGCUAAGAUCCAACACUACCACGACUACGCCGUCGCUGCCCAGAGAAACGCUGUGCCUGUUGGACACGCUUUGGUUUACAAUCACCCAGUUGCUACCGGACAUUUGGGUGUGUUAGGCGCUCACCCAAUUGAUACUCCUGAGGUUCAACACGCUAAGGCUGCCCACUUCGCUGCUCAUGCUGAAGCUGCAGCUCGCGCUCACGGUCUGGUCCACUACAGACGUCGCAGAAGCAUAGUCGCCUACCCUCAGCACGUCCCAGUCAUCGACCACAACGGUGUUCCAGUAGAAACCCCAGAAGUCCAAGCUGCCAAAGCCUUCCAUCUUGCCAAACAUGCUGAAGUUGCUGCCAGAUCUGGCCAUUACUUGCAAGCUCCAGUCAAUGUGUACGCCGCUGUUCAUGCCCCACAACCCAUUGCCUACUACAACUCUGUCUCUCCUCUCGCUGGUCUCGCUCUGAGCCCACGUUACGUCUACAACCACGCUGCUGUCGUUGUCGGUCCUGAUGGUCACUUGGUCGACACCCCUGAAGUCCAACAGGCUAGAGCUGAACAUCUGGCUGCACAUGCUGGAGCUCACCAUAUAUACUUAUUAUUCGUGGUGACCUUAUCAGGCCUGACUACUGGUUCUGGUGUGACCAUUGGUCUCCAUCCAGAGCUGCAUCCCAUCCAUUCCCUUUAUCAUUCCCAGGAUUGGCGUGGUCAGUACACCUACGGCUAUGCCACACCGAUGAUAACCCGCAAUGAAGUGAGAAACAUGGACGGUACAACUGUCGGGGGCUAUUCCUACAUGGACUCAAAUGGCGUGCUACAGACAGUACAAUACAAAUCUGAUCCAAUCCACGGUUUCCAAGUUGCAGCUUCAAACUUACCUCAAGACCUUCCAGAUGUAGCAGCAGCUAAGGCCAAACAUUUGGCGUUAUUCAGGACCAUACAGGAAAACCAUGCCGUUGGUGCUGUUCCUCAGGUCGCUCUUCCACAACCUGUCCAGGAACUACCAGAGGUUGUCGCAGCCAGAGCAGCACAUAUGGCUGCUUUAGAGGCUGCAAGAUCAGGGGUUAUGCCUCAACCAGUACAAGAUACACCAGAAGUUGCCAGAGCAAAGGCCGAGCAUUUAGCCUUCUUCGAAGCAACUCGUGUUAGGGAUGAAGCUUUACGUAGAGCAAUCAGUUUGAGUCCAACACCUCAGGGUUCAUCCAGCGUGGUUGCUGUACCAAACCAACCCUCAAAUUCUGCUGACCAGGCCUCUGUAGAUUACAGACCAGCUGCAAAUGUUGCUACACAUGGAACGAAUGGUGAUCUGGGGGUUUAUGCCUAUGGAUAUUCAGGUCCACACAGUAGUCAAAUGGAAACCAAAUCAUCUGACGGAGUGACCAGGGGAGGAUACUCUUAUAUCGAUGCCAAUGGAAUUCUGCAGACUGUGAGGUAUAUAUCUGAUGAUGUCAAUGGUUUUAGAGUGCAGUCCACGAAUCUCCUAACCAAUCCAGUUGGGGCCCGAGUUUUAAACCAACCGCAACAGGCUCCUAAUGAGGAACAAGGUACUAUAUCAUCAAAUCGAGGUGGUUUUCUCAUCAAUGUAGACAACAACUCCAUACAAAAUGAUGACAAAGCCUUACUCUACACUCAGGAGAUUCAAUACUGAGAAUCGUUGAAACUCGACUGUAUUUUCCGUAUUAUUUAAGUUAAGAUAAGGAAUGAUUAAUAAAUGUAGGAAAUUAA